GUCGCUCCUAAACCUUUCACUGGGCGUUGGCUUUAUAUUUUUAUUAAUAGUUUUUUUUUUCAGUGUUGUGUAUAUGUUUAUUAAUCGAAACAAUGAAUGCUGAAACAGUGUGGCGGAAGAGACAGCAAUGGAAAGCACAAACGGAUGAUGCAAAAUUACUAUCAUCACUUUGGCCUGAUGUUUAUCCACACGGAUCGUCAUCGGAUGAGAAAUCAGAUCUACGUCUCGUUGUUCUGGGUGGAGAUUGUGUUGAUAAUAAUUAUGUAUCCAACAUAAUACUCAGGUCCGUUCACCAGGAAAUAUCUACCAAUCCAAAAAAAGGCAGCUUCAGAGGUGGAAAUGUUCAUGGAAGACGGGUCUCUGUGUUUGUAGCUCCUUCCUACUGGAUGAACCACUUGGCCUCCUACAUGAUUUUCUCAAAUGGAGUCAAAUCCAUCAGUCAUGAGCUUGAAAACUGUACAUUUCUAACGUUUCCUGGCCCUCACGCAUUCCUGCUCGUGAUACGAGCCGGACAUACGACUGGGAAAGAACAUUAUCUUCUAAAAGCAAUAAAGUGCAUGUUUGGAGCUGAGGUGUUACAGUACACCACAUUGGUAUUCGUACAUGCGCAUGAAUGGCAAAGUCCAAUAAAUGACCUGCAGAGCUGCUUGAAGAUGUGUGGGGGAAAUUACUUCUUUCUGGAGAACAGUGAUGAAAAAGUUGAGCAGCUUUUCAUAAGAGUCGCGGUGAUGACACAGAGGAAAAGAAGCCGUUUUUUCAUCCAGCAGUCGUAUGAAAGCCUCAUGGACAUGUGUUUUGAAAGGUGGGAAAAUGCUUGGGUGAAAAACGAAAUCAAAUUAAAACGAGAGCUUGAAGAAGUGAAGUCAGAGCAAUGUUUGAGACAGGAUGAGCUGGACACCCUGAGACAAACUGAGACAGAGCUGAGGAAGGAGCUGAAACAAUCCAGACAUCGUGAGGGUGAGUUACAGAAGGAUUUGCAAAUAGCUAGGUGCAGUGAGAAGCAAUUAAGAGCUGAGAUGGAUGCGUAUAAACGCAGUGAAGCAGGACAGUGGAAAUGUACACGAAGCGACAGUAUCAGUGAUCUGCCACCUCACAUGACAGAAACCCAGAACAAAAAGCCUUCAAAUGACCUUUAAAUGAUGUUGAAGAUAUCUGAAACCCCUGGAGAUGAUCUCCUGAGACACUACAGGACAAAUAACACACCAGAAAAAAAGGAAUAAAGAAAACAAAUACGGGGUCAAUUCGGACAUAGAGA